UUGCAGUCCUCGAAAGUGCCUUCGUCGCGCAUAGGGCGAUUCUUCCACUACGGAGGCCUCGCUGCGUCGCUGGGAUAUGGCGCUGCAUCGGAGCUUAUUCGAAGGACAACAAGCAGCGCGGAAGAUAGCCCGUACUCGUCUUCGCUGAUGAUGACGGAGGCCAAUGUCUCCCGCCUUGUAUCUAAGCUCUCGCAGAUGCGAGGUGCCGCGCUGAAACUGGGACAGUUCAUGAGCAUACAAGACUCCCACCUCCUCCCACCGCAAGUCGAAGAAAUAUUCCGCCGAGUACAAGACAGCGCGCACUACAUGCCCGACUGGCAAAUGGAGCAAGUGCUCACCUCCUCGCUCGGAUCCUCCUGGACCUCGCACUUCGCGUCCUUCGACCGCAUCCCCUUCGCCGCCGCCUCCAUCGGCCAGGUGCACCGAGCUGUGCUCGCCGCGGCGUCCUCCCCCACGGGCAGGGACGAACCCGUGGCCGUGAAGAUCCAGUUCCCGAACAUCGUGAACUCUAUCGAGAGCGAUUUGGGGUAUGUGAAGCUUCUGCUGACUGCGGGCAGGCUCCUGCCCCGAGGUCUGUUUCUGGAUCGGACUAUCAAGGUUAUGAAAGAGGAGCUGGCGGAUGAAUGCGAUUAUACCCGCGAAGCGUCCUUCCUCCGAAAAUUCGGGUCGCCGGAUUAUCUGGGGAACGAUCCUAGAUUCAAAGUCCCUUGGGUGUGGGACGGCAGUACGCACGAUGUACUCGUCAUGGAGCGCGUCAACGGUGCAAGCGUGGGAGGUGCGAUGGUGGACAAGCUGAGCGUACCGGACCGCAAUGAUAUUGCCAGCCGUAUUAUCGACCUGUGUCUGAUGGAGCUGUUCUCCUUCCGGGCCAUGCAGACGGAUCCGAACUGGACGAACUUCCUCUGGAACGCGCGCACCCGGCAGGUCGAGCUGGUCGACUUCGGCGCAACCAGAGAAUACUCCAAAGAGUUCAUGGACAACUGGUUGCACCUCCUUCAAGCGGCUGCCUCAGAAGACAGGGAGGCGUGCAUAGACUGGAGCUUGAAGCUCGGAUACCUCACGGGUGAAGAGAACGAGGUUAUGCUCGACGCGCAUGUCCGGUCCAUGCAGCUUCUGGCUACACCCUUCAAAGCCGACACGCCGCAGCCAUUUGCGUUCGGACGGGGCACGAGGUGGGCUGAAAUCACUUCUGAGAUUAGGGCACAGAUACCUACCAUGCUGCAAUAUCGCCUCACGCCGCCGCCACGGGAGACGUACAGUCUAAAUAGAAAAUUGUCGGGCGCGUUUCUACUGGCUUCGAGGUUGGGCGCCAAUGUCGACUGUAGAACGUUGUGGGAGAAUGUGGUAAACAAGUAUAAUUUUGGACCGUGA